GAACGAAGAAGGAGUACGACGACCGACUCAACAAUGAUAGUCUUAUACUUGGCGUACUUCACCUUGACUCUAGCCACCCUUGCAGCCGGCUCUACAAACGAAACACAAGAAGGAUUUCAGAUCUACUACGAUGCCGAUGGAAACCCCGUCCCUGAGCUGGAUGGAACCGAGAAUAAGUUAAAAACUGGAAUUAAGAGAUUCGGCUUCUUACCUUGUUCCUGCGAGGAUGAGUUCAACUGCGGCUGUUGUGUCAAUUUGAGAUUCAUUCGUUUCAAAAGAGCAAUGUGCUCCAAUUUAACAUUCGAUCCUAUGGAAUUUUCGAUACUAAUGAAAAUGGAUUUUGAUGGAGCGGUCAUUCUCAACAGGACGUUAUCAGCCAAGAAUCCUCCUCCGGCCUGUUUCGAUCAGCCCUACAUCCCGGGUGUAAGAUUCUGUGUAAAUCUAUUUGACAUUUACACGCCGGGAAGGAAUUUGCACAUGUGCAUAAAUUUUGAAGCGCGGUUCAUCAACUCUCCAAUUCUCGUGUUGGAAUUCGACUGCAUUCAAAUGGGAAACGACGGCUUUAUUCACGCCAAACCGUUUGAAUUUCCGCAAAGAAAUACAACAAUUGACAAAAUCGAAAACUUGUACAAUGAAGAGGAAAAUGUCGUCGACCUAACACAAUUUCAAAACAGCACGAAUAAUGGCUCGAAUUCAUCGACGGAUGCAAAUCAAGUCGUCAAUUGACCAUCUACUAGAUGUGGGAUGAAUGUAAAAUAAAUGACAACAAUAAUAAAUAUAAAUAAUAAUUGUA